AUGGCUGGGGUAGAGUGGAAGGCCUCCUUGUCGGCUCUCGAUCGCUAUGAAGUCAUUCAGACACUACGAGCUUCACUGCCACCUGCCGCCCAGGGCGACGCCGUCGCCAUCGAGCAAGCAGCAUACCAAGGCGCAGCCUCCCGGGAAGGAUACAAUGCCGCUUGUGACGCGGGGGUAGCUACCCGCUCAAAGUCUUCAUCCACCUCACCAUCAUCACCAUCCCAUGAUGCAGCACCUGACGAGACGUCCUCGGACCACUCCGCCAACGACCGAGGCGGCACUCGCAUCGGGCCAUACACAAACUGUACACCCAUUGCUGAAGGUGUCACCUCCCAAGUCUUUCGCUCCGGCUCCAACGCCCUCAAGGUCAUCACCACCCACCGCAACAUUGAGCCGCACAACCCCCGCCGCGAGGCCAAAAUCCUCGGCUCCCUUUCGGACUGUCCCGAGGUCAUCACACUUCUUGAUGUCUUUCAUGACCAAGCGCAGUGCAUGGUGCUCCGUUUCCCCUACAUGCCGCUGACCCUCGCCGCCGUGAUUGAUCAGGGUGGCGCCAGUAGAGGCGGAAGCGCUCCCAGCAAGGGGCUGUCACAGAGGCAGUUGGGCGUCAUCUUCCGUGACGUCCUGCUCGCUCUCUCCCACAUUCACCCCAUGGGCAUCAUCCACCGAGACAUCAAGCCCUCAGCCAUCCUUCUCGCCUCGCCCACCGGCCCCGGACGUCUUUCCGACUUCGGCACCGCGUGGCACCCGUCCCUGUCCGCUGCAGUCGAGCCCCCGCACGACAAGAUCCUCGACAUCGGUACGGGACCGUACCGCGCGCCAGAGGUGCUUUUUGGCAACAAAGCGUACGACGCAGGCGUGGACAUGUGGUCUUUGGGCGUUGCGCUUGCUGAAGCCGCAACGGGUGCGCCGCCUUUUGAGUCACGCCCCGCCAAUGAGGAUGGCAGUCAGCUAGGUCUCAUCCUCAGUGUCUUCAAAACGCUCGGGACCCCGACGCCGGAGACGUGGCCCGAGGCGCAGAGUUUCAAGGUGUCCCCAUUCCAACUAUGGACGGUCUUCCCGCAGCGGCCAUGGACCGAGAUCAUGCCAGGUGUGAAUGACGAUACGAGAGCUGCCGUGGCGGCCAUGGUCAGAUUCGACAAGGAGAGGGUGGCAGCAGCACAGGCCCUCGAAUUGCCCUUGUUCGCGAACAUUUGA